CCUGCUCUUUCGUUUUCGUUUCCGGGAAGGAUAGCGAUGACCCUAGCGCAUCGCGCGCCUGCUCGCCUGGGGACCCGAGCGCACACGCCCUGGCGCUUCUCGAAAGAGAUUUCCUCCCUCGCAACCUGCCAGUUCUCGGGGCCAAGUUAGGGGUUUGCGGGAGGAGGUCUCGGGGAGCGCAAGCCUAGGGCCCCAGCAGCUACAGCCAGGCGAGCGCUCACGACAGAGAGCCGGCUGGCUCCCUCACCUCCACCUGUAAUGCAGGAGGGAGCAUUGGCUGGUUCGCCUGUAAGCCCCAUGGCAGCCGUGCCACCCCGAGGAAGCCAGGUCCAAGCCAGAUGUGUAGCUCAAAUGCACCUGCUGGGGGGGGGAAUCUGCAAGCUGCCAGGAAGACUCCGCGACGUCCUGCAUGAGCUGCUCCGGUACAUUCAGACCCGGCGAGCCGUGGUGUGUGGGCCCUUUUCAGGAGGGGCCUUCGGGCAGAAGAUGCUCACCCCGCACCCUCCAGCGCCCCCCAGAGGGGAAGAGGGGACCGGGCCCUUUUGGGCAGCCCACCGAAGGGGCCUCCUGCAGCAGCCACCAGCCCCAGGGCUUGCCAGCUCCUUCAGUCACCUGGAUGCCUCCGGCCUGGCCAGGUUGCCCCCCGGCAGGGUGGAGUCCCUCAGCUUAUCUCACUGUGCGGAGCUCGGCUGCAGGACCCAGGGGGUCUGCUCCUUCCCCGCGAUGCCACAGGCCUCCAUGGACGGCAGGAUCGCCAACUGCCGGUUACUGUGGGAUUACGCGUAUCAGCUGCUCCUGGACACCAGGCAUGAGCCCUACAUCAGGUGGGAAGACAAGAACGCCAAGAUCUUUCGAGUUGUGGAUCCAAAUGGGCUCGCCAGACUCUGGGGAAACCACAAGAACUGGGUGAACAUGGCCUACGAGAAGAUGUCCCGUGCCCUGCGCCACUAUUAUAAGCUGAACAUCAUUAAGAAGGAGCCAGGGCAGAAACUCCUGUUCAGAUUUCUAAAGACUCCGGGAAGGAUGGUCCAGGACAAGGACAGCUGCUUGGAACGGCUGGAGAACCAGGAGUUCGAGGACGAGAUGCCGGAAGGCUCCUUCCAGCUCGGGCCUCCCGCCGGGCUCCGCCAUCUGAUCACGGCUGGGAGUUGUGGCGCCUUUGGCUGCCAGGGGGCCGGGGCCGGCCCUCGGGUGUCGCCUUGCGGGAGAUCUCUGCAGGCGGAAACCCCGUCUUUCCCUGGACUGAAAGGGAAGUUCAGCGACGACUAA